GUAUCGCUUGGUCUUCGAGAGAUGCCGCCAGAAUUCUGGCAGAACUCUAUGAUUGAAAAACCAACAGACGGACGAGAAGUCGUCUGCCACGCUUCCGCUUGGGAUUUCAUGAAAGGAAAUGACGUAAGAAUUAAGAUGUGUACAGAUAUAACAAUGGAUGAUCUAGUGACUAUUCAUCACGAGAUGGGACAUAUACAAUACUAUCUUCAAUAUCAGAACUUGUCCUAUGUUUACAGGGAGGGAGGAAACCCAGGAUUCCAUGAAGCUAUUGGUGACGUCAUGGCUCUAUCAGCGUCUACACCCAAACACUUGCACACCGUUGGUCUUUUGAAAACGCUGGAAAAUAACGAUGAGGCUGACAUAAAUUUUCUGAUGAGGCAAGCUUUAGAUAAAGUUUCGUUUAUUCCGUUUGGUUAUUUGAUCGACCAAUGGCGUUGGAGCGUUUUUCGUGGAGACACGCCUCCAGAAAAAUACACAUCUGAUUGGGCAGGUUUAAGAUGCAAAUAUCAGGGGAUUUCACCCCCUGUAGCAAGGUCAAGUGAUGAUUUCGACCCAGGAGCAAAAUACCACAUACCCGGAAACACUCCUUAUAUAAGAUAUUUCGUGAGUUACGUUAUACAGUUUCAGUUUCACAAAGCACUAUGUGACGCCGCAGGAGAGACACAAAAAGGCCCCCUGUACCAGUGUGACAUAUACAACAACUCUGCCGCUGGUCAAAAGCUCGAGCAACUACUUCAGGAGGGUGCAUCGAAACCAUGGCCAGAAAUAUUUAAAAAAAUUACAGGAACAUCAAAGAUGAACGCAUCAGCAAUUUUAGAAUACUUCGAACCCCUAAUUAAUUGGCUGGAUGAACAAAAUAAAGACGAAAAGCCAGGGUGGCAUGAGGAUUGUCCAACAAUCACAGAUGAUAUAGAGGAACCGAUGGCUGCAAAAUGGUUAGAUUAUUAUAAUACCAAGGCGUCGGAGAUGAUGUACAAGUCUGUAUUGUCACAAUGGAACUAUGGUUCUAACAUCACAGACGCUAACCAAGCUGCUAUGGUUGAAAUGAGCCUUAAGAAGUCAGAUUUCGAUAAAGAAAUGUACAAACAAGCCAAUUAUUUCCCAUGGAAAACAUUUACUAAUUCUUCUAUGAAAAGACAGUUUAAAAUGAUCACAGAUAUAGGUACAAACGCUUUAGAAGAUAAAAAUCAACUUAAAGAGAUGGCUGAUCUACAAGCUAAAAUUGAAGGAAUAUAUGGAAAAGCUAAAGUUCAAAUGUCAAAUGGAAAAAGUCUUUUACUCGAGCCUGGUUUGACGGAAAUCAUGACGUCAUCACGUAACUACUCAGAAUUAAAGGAGGCGUGGUUAAAGUGGAGAGACGCCUCCGGGAAACUCAUGAAGUCAGAUUAUGCCAAGUUUGUUGAACUUAGCAACAAGGCUGUCAGACAACUAAAUUAUUCCGACACUGGUGACUCCUGGCGAUCGGUGUAUGAGACUAAAACAUUUGAGAAAGAUUUGCAAAAUUUAUUAGAUGAAUUAAAACCGUUAUACAAACUUCUACAUGGGUAUGUAAGGAAACAACUUAAACUAACGUACGGUGGAGAGAAUUUUCCCAAGACAGGCCACAUACCUGCUCAUUUACUUGGAAACAUGUGGGGCCAACAAUGGAACAAUAUAUACAAUUUAGUUGAACCAUACAAAGGUGUCGAAAAGAUUGACGUCACACCGGAAAUGCUAAGACAGAACUACACCGUCAUGAGAAUGUUUAAAACAGCUGAGGAGUUCUUUACAUCACUGGGUUUAUCACCAAUGCCGGCGGAAUUCUGGAACGGUACAAUCAUGGUUAAUCCAGACGGUAUCACCAUGGUCUGCCAUGCCUCCGCCUGGGACUUCUAUAAUCAAAAAGAUUUCAGAAUUAAGAUGUGUACGGAAGUGAACAUGGAGGAGAUGAUUGUUAUACAUCAUGAGAUGGGACAUAUACAAUAUUUCUUACAAUAUAAAGACCAGCCAGUCGUGUUUAGAGGAGGAGCUAACCCUGGAUUCCAUGAGGCAAUAGGUGACGUAAUGGCUUUGUCCGUGUCUACACCUGGACAUCUUAAAACAAUAGGUCUUCUUAAAGAUAUGAAAAAUACAUAUGAAAGUGAUAUAAACUUUUUAAUGAAAAUGGCUUUAGAGAAGAUUGCAUUCCUUCCGUUUGGUUAUUUGAUAGACCAAUGGCGCUGGAGUGUAUUUAGCGGACAAACACCGCCAAACAAAUAUAACGAGAAAUGGUGGGACCUCAGAUGUAAGUAUCAAGGUUUGUCGCCGCCGGUUGAGAGGACGGAGAAUGACUUUGACCCUGGUGCAAAAUACCACAUUCCAGCCAAUGUGCCUUAUAUAAGAUAUUUUGUAAGUUUUGUUGUUCAGUUUCAAUUUCAUCAAGCAUUGUGUAACUAUUCGGGCAAUACUAAACCCUUGCAUCAUUGUGAUAUAUUCAACUCGACAAAAGCUGGUGAUAGAUUGAGAGAUUUAUUACAAAUGGGAUCAUCUAAACCAUGGACAGAAGCCAUGAUGAAAUUUACAGGUACUGAUAAAAUGAGCGCCGCACCAUUAAUGGAAUAUUUUAAACCACUCAUUGACUGGUUAAAAGAAAGAGUACCGGAAGAUGAACGUGGUUGGUCAGACGAUUGUACUCACGUGACGGAAGCAGACGAAUUAAACGAUUGGUUAUCACAGUAUGAAAACGAGGCUUCAGAUAAAUACUAUUGGAAUUCAGAGGCCGACUGGGCAUAUAACACAAAUCUUACAGAUGAAACAGCAGAAAAAAUGAAUCAAGCCAAUGUUGAAAUUGCAAAGUAUGAGAAAAUGGUUGCUAAGAACGUAUCCAUGUAUCACUGGAAGGAAUACAAAGACGCGCAACUAAAACGUAGACUACGUAAAAUGGCAGAUAUUGGUACCAGUGCCCUGAAAGAUGAGAACCAGCUCAAAAAGCUUGGAGAGUUAAAGUCAAGCAUGGAAUCUACGUACAGCACUGGCAAAGUUUGUUUGACUUCCGGAAAAUGCGUUGAUUUAGACCCAGAGCUUGAACGUAUUAUGGCGGACUCUACAAAUUAUGAUGAGUUGACAAACGUAUGGAAAGGAUGGAGAGAUGCUACAGGGAAAAAGAUGAAGGACACUUAUGCUCAGUUUGUCAAUCUUAGUAACACAGCUGUAAAAGAACUAGGUUAUGACGACACCGGGGCUUACUGGAGGUCCGUGUAUGACACCGAAACAUUCCAAACCGAUCUUGAACACCUACUCGAACAAUUAAAACCAUUAUAUCAAAAUCUUCAUACUUAUGUUAGAAGGAAACUAAUGGAUAUUUACGGAGAGGACAAGUUCCCGGAUAGCGGACAUAUCCCGGCACAUCUUUUAGGUUUCAUUAAUUCCUUACAAUUGAUUGAACACACUUUCGCGUAAAUUGUUAUAAUAAGUUGUAAAAUCUAUUUGACAUCUUUCAAGGGAUAUAACGCUACACAGCUUUUCCGAACUGCUGAAAGCUUCUUUACCUCCCUUGGACUGGAACCGAUGCGCCAGGAAUUCUGGGACAAGUCUAUGAUCGUCAGACCAAAAGAUAGAGAAGUCGUCUGCCACGCAUCCGCUUGGGAUUUCUAUAACGCUAAGGAUUUUAGGAUCAAAAUGUGUACAAAUAUAGACAUGGAGGACCUGGUAACUAUCCAUCAUGAAAUGGGUCACAUCCAGUACCAGAUGCAAUACAGGCAUCUGCCGAUACCAUUUAGAGACGGGGCCAACCCUGGGUUCCAUGAAGCUAUAGGAGACGUUAUGGCAUUGUCAGUACAAACACCGAAACAUUUACGAAAAAUCAAUCUUCUAGAACCCGGAAAUGACGACGACGAGGUAGAUAUAAACUUUUUAAUGAUGAUGGCGUUAGACAAGAUAGCGUUUCUGCCGUUCGGCUAUCUAAUUGACCAAUGGAGAUGGAGCGUAUUUAGUGGUGCUACACCGCCAGAGAAAUAUAACGAAGACUGGUGGAAAUUAAGGUGUAAAUAUCAGGGCAUGUCACCCCCAGUACAAAGGAGCAGCAGCGAUUUUGACCCCGGUGCAAAGUUUCAUAUACCCGGAAAUUACCCUUAUAUUAGGUAUUUUGUCAGUUACGUGCUACAGUUCCAGUUUCAUAAAGCAUUGUGUGAUGCAGCAAACCAUACGGGACCUCUACACAAAUGUGAUAUCUACCAAUCCAAAGAAGCCGGAACAAAACUUAUGAAUCUGCUUAAAAUGGGAUCGUCCAGACCAUGGCCGGAAGCUAUGGAGGUAAUUACAGGGCAACGCAACAUGGACGCUGGUCCCCUGAUGGAAUACUUCCGGCCGCUUAUAACAUGGUUAGAAAAGGCGAACUACCAAGAACGACCAGGCUGGUCCGAUUCGUGUCCGCAGAUGUUAACAAAAACUGUAGUCACGUGUCCAAAACAAGUAUUGAAAGAAACGUCUGCAGCGUCUACUUUCACCGGAAACAGUUUUACAGUUUUUGUUUUUGCAUUUUUUAUUAUUUCAAUGCUACUUUCUAAGCUUUAGAAUGAAAAACAUAUGUGGUGUGACAAAAGAUUCAGUAAAAUAAAUUAGUUUUCAAGUAUUUUCUUGCAAGUCAUCAGCAAUUCGUAGUUUGUGGUUGAAAAUAAUGGCAUUUUUUGCAGCCGACUGUUAGAAUGAAUGCACUUUCACAAAACUGUUGAAUGUUGGAUUUGUUUUAAAUGGAAAUCGCUGUGCUUUUUAUGCAGAACGUGACAAUUGAAUUAAAUGUGGAAAAUGUGUUUUAUGUUUUUGACUCAAUUAAAGACAUCACUUAAGCUGGUGUUGAUGCUGUAUUAAGAACUAUAAAAUGUUGUCUGCGUAAAUUUAUGUGAACUUGUUAAAUUAAAAGUAUAUAGACGUCAUUACUUAAAGGCCCAUUAAGCCAAAAAAUGUUAUUUUAAAUUCUUCAAAAGUUUUGGUGUUCUAUUAAUUUCCGGAGCGGUUGCUUAUUGUCAGAUGGCUAAAAUGUCUCCCGAUGGCUUUUGCUUUUUUGGUUAUUAGUAAAGUUAUGGUAAUUUAGUAUUUUGUACUUUUUGUUACUUUAAAGACAAAUUGUUUUACCUUCAACGCUACGUUCCCUGCAUAAACAUCUAACAUGCUCUAAAUUCAUUAAACAUUAAAAGAAAGUACAGGUUUGGGUUUUCUUUAAAGGAAAAUGUCAUUUUUGUUUCUAUGGCUUAAUGUGUCUUUAACAAGGCGAAUUAGUAAAAACCAAAGUUGUAAAACAGAGAAGCUCAAGAAAAGAUUUUAUGAAAUGAGGAGAAGAGAAGAAUUUCGUUUUGAAUUAAUGACUAUUUUAAAAUGUUAUUUCAUCUUAAAUGCCCGGAUAUUCAAACAAACCGUCAAUGAUACACAUGACUAUAUAUCAAAUAUUGCAGACGCCACACCCACAUUUUUUUCUUUUUAUGUUUUUACAUGUAUUAAGUGGACACUAACCAUUUUCGUAGCAGGAAUCAAAGUCAUCAUGUGAUGGUCAUAUUGAAACAGGCCAAUUCAUGUUUCACAAAACAUAUUAUAUUAUGACAUUUUUUAGGGGCUAUCAUUAAAUAUUGUACAUGCAGAUAUUUUUUUUACAAUUAUUCAAUGUUUAUAUUUAUUGUAUUCAAGAAUUUGUGUUUCGUCACAAGAAUUUCAAAAUAUGCGGGUUCUUUUCCUGUAGUAUGUUGUACGAUAUUUCUUCAGUUUUGUUUGUGUGUGCGUUAUUUUUUAGAUUUAGGAUUUCAAAGAAAAUUUUGCAUCAUUUCAAUACUAUAGUAAUCCUAUUUUUUAUGGAUUAUGGACCCUGAUGAAUCGGAUAAUCUAUUUUAGUAUAUUAUUUCACGCGAGAGAGUGUUUUCCCCUGCGACGUCAUUAUUAAAAAAAAAACA